AUGGCGUCCCAAGUCCAGGGAACCGCAUUCAUCACCGGCGCUGCAUCAGGCAUCGGCAAAGCCACCGCGCACGUCCUCGCAAAGAACGGGAUCAGCGCAGUGGCCCUGGUAGACGUCAACCUUGCACUCCUGGAGGAGACGAAAAGGGAACUACUCUCUGAGCAUGCCCAGCUCCGAGUUGCGGUCUUCGAAGUGGACGUCACAGACGAGGCCUCCGUCGAGGAUGCUGUCCGCAAGACGGCGGAGGAAUUCGGACAGAUCGAUAUCGGGGUGAACGCUGCGGGGAUCAGUGGCAAGCCGGAUCUGUCGCAUGAGACGGAGCUGUCGGAGUGGCAGAGGGUGAUUGAUAUCAAUCAGACGGGGGUGUGGAUGUGUCAGCGGGCGUUGAUCCGGCAGAUGUUGAAGCAGGAGUCUCGAGGGGCGCGCGAAGGACGCGGCACGAUUGUCAAUGUCGCGUCGAUGUAUGGGGUUAGGGCGCCGCCGGGGGCGAUUGCGAUUGCGCCUUAUGUGGCUGCGAAGCAUGCUGUUGUGGGGAUGACCAAGAUGGACGCUAAAUCGUAUGCCGGAGAGGGCAUUCGCAUCAACGCCAUAUGUCCCGGAUGGGUGGAAACGCCGAUGAUAAGUCGGUCGAUCGAAUGCGGCGCUCUCGACUCGCAAUUCGCGAUGAUUCCUCUAGGACGUCCUGCGGCGCCGGACGAGAUUGCCAACGCGAUUCUAUUUCUCGCCUCACCCAUGAGCAGCUACAUGUGUGGGGAAGCAAUGGUGGUAGAUGGGGGGUUGACAGCAUAA